CCCCCUUUGCGCCGUCAGGACGAUGUGCUUUAACAGCAACAGGCGCAAAUAUCUCCAUGCGCACUGAGGGAUGAGUGGACAGCCCACCUUCUUGGUGUUCGGACGUUUCACAGACGCCAGCAGCGAUGCGGACGCCUCUCCCAGUAUUCCUGCUCUUGUUAGUCUCGUUCUUUUAUGAAUGCACAAGUUUCAGUUGCCCGAGGAUCUGCCGAUGUUCCUCCGAGACGAUCAGAUGCAAGCUUACAGCAGAGGCGGGAAAGGACCAGCGGAACAAAAGACUGUUUCUUUAUCACCUUUCUUUUAAAACUAUAUCAAGCCAUUCUUUUGAGGAUUUGAGAGGAGUUCAGAGGAUUGCGAUUGCUCAAAGUGUAACCCUGGAAACCAUUGAAGCGUUAGCAUUUAGCAAUCUUCUCAACCUCUCUGAGAUUUCAAUUCAAAAUGCAAGGAGUCUGAUGCAUAUCAACAGAAGAGCCUUCAACAACCUACCAAAUCUUCGCCUCUUGAGCAUCUUAAACACCGGGAUAACCCUUUUCCCCGAUGUUACAUCAAUCACUUCUUUCAAAUCAGACUUUAUUCUGGAAAUAUGCGACAACAUUCAUCUGCUUGAAGUGCCUCCAAACGCUUUCACUGGAAUGACUGAGGGUUAUGCUACAUUGAAUCUCUACAACAAUGGUAUCAGAGGAAUACACAAUCAUGCCUUCAAUGGGACAAAGAUAGAUAAGCUGGUGCUGAAGAAUAAUCGAAACCUUGAAAUGAUCCAUAGAGAUGCUUUUCAAGGAGCCACUGGUCCAGAGAUCUUGGAUGUUUCUGCAACAGCUCUCACAAGGUUACCUGCUCAUGGACUGGAGUCGGUUCUGGUGUUGUUCGCUCAGUCAGCGUACAGUUUGAAAAGGUUGCCUCCUCUGAAUGGAAUGGGCAGCCUCCGAGAGGCCCAUCUCACCUACAAUAGCCACUGUUGUGCCCUUCUGAGCUGGAGCCCUCACAGGGACUUCUCAGCUAAUGCUCCAUGGGAUAAUUCUUCUACAUCUUGUAAAGAAGGGAAUCCAUCAGCAAGAUUUCAGAGGGUUAUCGGUGGCACAGGCGACACACCUCCGCUUGGGGGCUGGUCGUUUUAUUCUGAAUCUGACCUGCAAGACACCACCUUUCAAGAUGUGGAUGACCUCUAUUCUCAGUGGGUGGACUUCUGCCACUCAGUCAUCUGCACACCAGAAGAGGAUGCCUUCAAUCCCUGCGAGGACCUUUCUGGGUUCAGUUUUCUCAGAGUUGCUAUUUGGUUCAUCAAUAUACUCGCUAUCACAGGCAACUUGAUGGUGCUGCUGGUUUUCUUUAUCAGCCGAAACAAGCUAACCGUGCCUCGCUUCCUCAUGUGCCACCUGGCCUUUGCUGACCUCUGCAUCGGUGUCUAUCUUCUGGUGAUCGCUACGGUAGACCUGAGGACUCGUGGUCAUUACAGUCAACACGCCAUCGAGUGGCAAACCGGGCCUGGCUGUAGCGCUGCAGGCUUCCUGUCUGUGUUUGGCGGCGAGCUGUCGGUCUACACGCUGUCCACCAUCACUUUGGAGCGCUGGCACACCAUCACCAACGCUCUGCAUGUAAAACGCCAUCUGGUCCUGACAAAGGCUGCGGGUAUAAUGGCAGCGGGUUGGUUUCUGUGUCUGGGCAUGGGGAUGCUGCCCCUGGUUGGCGUCAGCAGCUACACCAAAGUCAGCAUGUGCUUACCCAUGGACAUAGAAACCCCCCUAGCGCAGACUUUCAUCAUCAUCAUCCUGCUUCUCAAUGUGGGGGCCUUCAUCGUCGUGUGUGUUUGCUAUGUGCUUAUUUACUUGGCUGUGAAGAACCCUGAGGUCCCUGAAAGAAGCUCGGACACCAGGAUGGCAAAACGAAUGGCUGUGCUCAUCUUCACCGACUUCCUCUGCAUGGCGCCCAUCUCCUUCUUUGCUAUUUCUGCCGCCUUUAAGUUUCCUCUCAUCACCGUCACCAACUCCAAGAUUCUGUUGGUCCUCUUCUUUCCCAUCAACUCGUGUGCCAACCCCUUCCUGUAUGCUAUUUUCACCAAGGCCUUCAGAAAGGACGCCUAUCAGCUCAUGAACGCAAUGGGAUGCCGUAAAAGCAAGGCCAACAUUUAUCAUUUGAAGGCCUGCUGCUCCGAAAAUGCAAUGAAUAGCAACUUGAGAUCCAAUAAUAAAGAAGCGCAGACUGGAGUGAACAUGGCUCCCAUAUCACAUCAGGAUCUGCAACCUAAGGAUGAGCAGGAGAUAACCUGAAGACAGAAAGGGACAAAAAUAUUUGGACAUGAAGGAUCACUGGGGGUUGGCGAAUGUUUAGUUUUUAAUGGGAUUCCUUACUUGUUGUCAUAACUCCAUAUAUGAUGCUCCACUGUUAAAGACUUACCAUUUUUAUAGGUUAC